AUGAGCCGGGGGGGGCGCCAGGGGGACAACGUCCCCUCGGAGCUGCUGGGGGAGCAGGAGAACCUGAGGAUCUUCGAGCUGCUGGGCAGGAAAUGCGUGAGCCUGGUGACCGCCGUGGUGCAGCUGGUGGUGGCCGAGCCCGGGGGGGUCCCCGGGGGGGUCCCGGGGGGCUCCUGGAGCCUCCGGGGCUGCGGCGUCGCCUGCCUGGUGCGGGACAGCCCCCGGCGCUCGUACUUCAUCCGCCUCUUCCGCCUGCCCGCCGGGGAGCUGUGGUGGGAGCAGGAGCUGCAGGGGGGGAUGGGCUACAAGACCCCCACCCCCUUUUUCCACACCUUCGUCAGCCACGAGGGGUGGGCGGGGCUGAACUUCGCCUCCGAGGCCGAGGCUGCGACGUUCGAGGGCCGAGUGCAGGAGCGGCUGCGGCGGCGGCAGCAGCGCGGGGAGCGCCGGGGGAGCCUCCCCAGGACCCCCAACCCUGAGGAGGAUUUUCCCCCUCCCCCCCACCGGCCCCCCAUCCCCAACCCCGACAUCACCCCCAGCCGGUACCGGGGGCUGCCCAGCCCCCCCUCGGGACCCCCGCCCGCCUCGGGACCCCCGCCCGCCUCGGGACCCCCGCCCGCCGAGCCCAGAAAGGGGAGGGGGCGCAAGAAAAUCUCCAAGGCCGAUAUCGGGGUCCCCUCCGGCUUCAAGCACGUCAGUCACGUCGGGUGGGACCCCAAUGGUGGCUUCGAUCUGGCCGCCCUGGACCCCGCGCUGCGCUCGCUCUUCGCCCAGGCCGGGGUCAGCGAGCGCCACUUGGCCGACGCCGAAACCUCGCGGCUGAUCCACGACUUCAUCGACCGGGGCGGGCUGCAGGCCGUGCGCGAGGAGAUGGGCAGGCAGGGUCCGCCCCCUCCCCCCCCGGGCCGCGGCAGCCCCGCCCCUCCCCCCGCCCCUCCCCCCUCCUCCGGCCGCUCCCGCUCGGGGCUCCCGGCCCCUCCCCCUCCCCGCGCCGGCCCCGCCCCUCCCCCGGCCCCGCCCCCUCCUCGAGGCCCCGCCCCUCCCCCGCGAGGCCCCGCCCCCUGCGGAGCGGCCGCUCCUCCCCCUCCCCCACCUCCGCCGCCCCCUCCCCCCUCCGGGGGCGCCUCCCCCGCGACCCCCCCGGGCCGGGGGGCGCUGCUGGACCAGAUCCGCCAGGGGGUGACGCUCAACAAGACCCCUGAGACCCCCGAGGUGGGCGCGGGAGCCGGCGCGGGGGGGCUCGUGGGGGCCCUGAUGGACGUGAUGCAGAAACGAAGCCGCGUCAUCCAUUCCUCGGAUGAAGGCACGGCCAGCGAGGAUGAGGAGGAUGACGAUGAAUGGGACGAUUGAGACCCCUCCCCAUCCCCCCCCCCCCCCCGCUUCUAAGGACGCCCCCAGACCCAAAAUGUGCCCCGCCCCUCCCCCACCCCCACCCCCUCUGUGCCCCUCCCCCAGC